UGUCAGCACGUGUUCAGGAGCCAAAGAGGUGGAGAGCAGCUUGUGUUUUGAAAUUAAGAAUAAUAAAAUGGUUAAAGUAAAGCUGGAACAGACUGAAGAUGCUGACGAUUCAAUUAAAAUCAGUGGAUCUGUAACCGUCAAAGAGGAGGAGUCUUAUGACGACAAAUUGUUGUUUAUCAACGCUAUAGCCAAGCCAAUGGCCGGCAAGAAACUGGCCAAAAAAUGUUACAAACUGGUGAAGAAAGCCAUGAAGCAUAAAACAUAUUUGCGCAAUGGUCUUAAGGAUGUACAAACGCGUCUGCGAAAGGGCGAAACUGGCAUUUGCAUUUUUGCUGGCGAUGUGACACCUGUGGACAUAAUGUGCCACCUACCCGCCGUUUGCGAGGAGAAGGGCAUUCCCUACACCUACACGCCAAGCCGUGCGGAUCUGGGCGCUGCAAUGGGUGUUAAGCGGGGCACAGUUGCCUUGCUUAUUCGCCAGAACGACGACUAUAAGGAUCUGUACGAUGAGGUCAAAGAAGAACUAUCUAACUUAAAUGUUCCAAUCUGAGUUACAACUUUAAUUUUGUAUUCUACUUAAGAAUUUCUAUAGAUAAGUCGCAUCGUUUUGAAAAUAGUAUAAACCUACAGAUUUGUAUAUGUAUGUAUGCCGAACUUCUUAAUCACACAUACAUGUGUACAAAUAGAUAUACAACAAAUACAUAUUAGUGCAUAGUUAAUGUGUACAAAUUAUU